UUAAAAUCACCUAGGCUUGAGUCUGCACCACUCACUAGACAAAACUCUCCUUCAAUACUUCCACUUCCUCCAUCUUAACCUCAUCAUCACUCCAUGAGCCUCUGAACUCAACCAUGGCCGUUCGAGCAGUGAACACAUGCUGCUUCUUCCGUCCUCACUCUCCUCCUCUCUCCACCGCCGUCCGCUUCUUCUCCCGCUACCGCCGUCCUCACCCUCUCUUCUUCUCCUCCUCCUCCUCCUCCUCCGGCUAUGGCGCUCGGAUUCAACGGCGCUCCAUCCAGAGCCUCUUUGACAGCGUCAUUGAAGAGCUACAAGCCAUGCGCAAACGCCGCAAGAGAGUCGUCUCCGCCGCCGCACCUUCUUCCAACACAGGAUUGUUCAACGGAGAGCUUCUUGAAGAUAGACUUCUAAACCGUUCGUUGCAAAAAGGGUUGCUUUUGGAGUUCAAGAAGGAUUCUGAAAGAAUAUUGCUUGCAGUUGCUCAGAGACCAGAUGGCAAGAAGAACUGGAUGGUUUCUGAUCAGAAUGGUGUCUCUUCUUCAAUCAAGCCGCAACAAGUGACAUUUAUUGUGCCUGGUAUUGACAAUUUUGACCGAGCAGAUAUCGCAGAUUUUGUUCAGAAAGCUCAGGAUAACAUGGACCCAUCAUUACUUGAAUUCGCAUGGAUUGAGCUACUUGAAAAGAAUAAGUCUGUAACAGUUGAAGAGUUGGCUGAGAUAAUUUUUGGUAGUGCUGAGCCUCUUGAGAGCUAUUCUGCUCACCUCUUGCUGUCAAAAGAUGAAGUAUACUUUAGUGUGCUCGAGACUAAAGGAUUUCGUUCCAUUUAUGGACCUCGGCCAAGUGAGCAGGUUGAGGAGCUUAUUCGUAGGAAAAUUGCAAAGGAGGCUGCUGAGAAUGAAUUUCAGGAGUUUAUUAAGCUGCUGGCAUCUGCAAAAUCAAUGCCUCGACAAGAUAAACCUUCCAAAUCUUCUUGGGUGAAUGAGGAGAAAAAUUGGAGCAGAAUUGAAUCACUUCAAGCAUAUGCUCUUGAUUCAUGUAAAAAUGACGAACAAAGGAAAACAGCUGGGGCGAUUCUUAAGGAAAUGGGUCUUGCAAAAACAGCAUCUUCAGCCGUGAAUCUCUUGGUGGAUAUUGGGUAUUUUCCUGUACAUGUCAAUCUUGAGCUGUUGAAGUUGGGAAUUCCCACUGAUCACUCAGAAGAGAUCAUAUCAGCUGCUCAUCUUCUAUCAGACUCGUAUGAUCCUGACGAGGUUAAUAGGAAGAAUCUUACUGAUUUGAAGGUUUAUGCCAUUGAUGUUGACGAAGCUGAUGAGCUUGAUGAUGCAUUGAGUGCAAAAAAGUUGCAAGAUGGACGGAUUCAGAUUUGGAUACAUGUUGCAGACGCUACUAGAUAUGUUCUACCUGGAAGUGUCGUGGAUAGGGAGGCUAUGAGAAGAGGAACUUCUGUUUUCCUGCCCACUGCUACAUAUUCUAUGUUUCCAGAAAAGCUUGCCAUGGAAGCUAUGAGUUUGAGACAAGGAGAAAUUUGUAAUGCUGUUACUGUAUCAGUUGUGCUGCAUAAGGAUGGCAGCAUUGCAGAAUGUUCAGUGUUGAACUCACUGAUUAAACCAACAUACAUGCUAACUUACGAGAGCGCAUCUGAGCUACUCCACUUGAACCUAAAGGAGGAGGUUGAACUCAGAAUUUUGUCUGAGGCUGCAACCCUUCGUUUAAAUUGGCGCCGUCAGCAGGGUGCAGUUGAGACAGCAUCAUUAGAAACUCGUAUUAAAGUGUCUAAUCCAGAGGAUGCAGAGCCUUCAAUAAACCUUUAUGUGGAAAGCCAGGCAGAUCCAGCAAUGCGAUUAGUCUCUGAGAUGAUGAUACUCUGUGGUGAAGCUAUGGCCACCUUUGGAUCUCGGAAUGAGAUUCCUUUACCCUACAGGGGACAACCCCAAUCAGAUAUAAAUCUUUCUGAAUUUUCCCAUCUUCCAGAAGGGCCUGUUAGGAGUCUUGCCCUAGUCAAAGUAAUGCGUGCUGCUGAAAUUGAUUUCAGGAAGCCAGCACGCCAUGGGGUUUUGGGACUUCCUGGUUAUGUUCAAUUUACCUCUCCCAUCCGUAGAUAUUUGGAUCUUCUUGCUCAUUAUCAGGUAAAGGCAUUCCUUAGAGGUGAGCCUCUACCCUUUUCACCUGGUAAACUUGAAGGGAUAGCAGCAGUUGUAAAUGACAGAUUUAGAACUGUGAGGAAACUCUGCAAUAGUAGUCUUCGAUAUUGGAUAUUAGAAUAUCUACGAAGACAACCAAAAGAGAAAAAAUAUCGUGCAUUGGUCCUUAGAUUUUUGAAAGAUCGAAUUGCAGCUCUGCUUUUGGUUGAGGUUGGAUUUCAAGCUUCUGCCUGGGUUUCUCUUGGAGCUCAGAUAGGGGAUGAAGUAAUGGUUAAGGUUGAAGAAGCACAUCCACGUGAUGAUGUUAUUUUUCUAAAGGAGGUUGUAAAAGGGUGACACAAGAUACGUUCUUGAAGAGACUUUUUCAACGUUCAGCGAUUUAUUCAAAAAGGGCGAUGCAGGAAAUUUUUGUCAACUAACAUCUUCUGCAUAUUAACUCCCACCAAGGUUGGCUAGUAAGGUGUAGCCUCCUUGUCUUUUGAAUGGAAUAGAGAUGGUGCUUCAGCUCCACCGGCAGAAUUUCAACAUUUGGAACUUUGUCAAGCCGUUUAAUAGCAUGUUUGGAUCAACUUCUUUUUCCUCAGUAUCAUAUGAAACUCAUUAGCUACUUACAGAAGUUCAUGAAUGAUACGAACCAACAUAUCCAGUCUUCAUCGUGCUGCAAGUAUGUGCAGUUCUUCAAACUACCUUCAUUUUCUCAACCCAUACAGUGACAUAAAUUUACCAGGUUUUGCUCCCCCUCUUGUAGCUUGCCCAUUCUGUUUAUUUGAUAAGAUGUCUGUGACAAUAGCUAGUGGUUGAAAUAUAUCAUCAGAAGGAGCUUCUUGUUUCCCUGAAAAUUCAUGGCUAUGAGGGUUUUUUUCUAAAGUAAUUUACUCUUACCCAGUAUUGUAUAUGUCUGGCCUUUACAAUUUUUUUUAUACACAUCUACUUGAAAAGUUAUUUUAACAUAAGAAUGUUGAUGUAGAAUAUUAUGAUUUUGUUGUAAAUUUAAUUUAACUA